AUGCCCGUCCCGCCCGUGUCCUUCACAAGGUCGAAGUGGCUCGCCUUCUUCGCCGAGCUCACGGCGAAGAUCACGCACCACAACGUGUUGGUCGUACUCGAAGGAUGCGAGGUACUGAAGCGCAUUCUCGUGUCGCGGGUGUCCGUUGCCGCCUUUUUAGAGGAGGGCGAUUUGCUGAUGCAUCUCGUCGAUACCAUCGCGGGCGACAUGCUCACCAAUGAGCGCCGCGACAACGGGCCCCCACUCGCCAUGGCGGAGAAACUUCUCUUCACACAACUGGAGACGCUGUCACUCGUGAUUGACAUGAUGAUGGCGCUGCACGCAGACAAGGACCCGUAUUACUGUCUGCUGGUACUAGCACGCGCCGGUGCGAUGCUGAUGACCCUUGUCGGCUUGCUGCAGCGGCAGCACCCACGUUUCUUCGGCAUCAUCGCGACAAUAGUGCAGGUCUUGCUUGGCCUGCCACUCGGGCGGGAUGUGCGUGGACUGCACGUUGACAAGAGCCGCUCCGUCGCGCUCGCAUGCCACAUACAGAAGUUAGAGACCGCUGUGGCUCAACAGGGCCCCAUCCUGCAGGAGACAGUGGAGGUGCUACAGGCGCUAAGUCUCUCUACUGAUGGUGCCAUGCAGUACUGUAGCCAAUUCUUGCUGAAUCUGGCAACGCGGCGACUGAAGCGGAUACGGAAGACACAUAUGCAUGACGCCUCCACCACCGACGGGGACUGGUCCGUGAAGAAUGUCGGUUUAAAUCAAAGUGAACACCCCCUCGCUGAGACAACCAUGGAGGAGCCCAUCCAAAGUCAAAAUUCGGCGCGUGUCGCCCCGAGCAACGAUACGAGAAUGUCAAUUGAUACGACUGAAGGGAGUGAAGUGGAGAAUUCUGGGGACUGUAGUGAUAUUAACAUACCCGAGAAAGAGUACGAGGAUUGCUUCGAACGCUUGACAACAUGUCGCUCGCACGAUGAGUUUUUCGUCAUGAUGAAUCGUCUGUGGUGCCUGACUGUUGCAGCUGGAGAUGAAGUGCAGCGCCGAUUUACAAGCCUAAACUUUGACCGUGCGUUUAGACGCUUUCUACUUACUAUGCCAUCAAACCAACAGGAUCAAAUGGUGUUUACUUCAGUGUUGUUGUGGCUAUCGCAUAUGAUGUCUGGCUACUACCUCCGGAGUGACACGCGUGACAGUAUCUUGUCUGUGGCUGGCUCGGCGCUCAUACAGAUUGUCCCGAAGUGCCAGCGUAGUCGCGAGUUACUGGCGCAACGAGAGGAGCCUGGCCUCUCCUCCAUCCAGACCUCUACGAACGUCGCCAACUCUGCGUCAGUGUCCCGUGCGGAGUCCUUCAUGUCUCCAGAGUGUGUCGCUGGAGAAAGGAGUAGUGGACUUGUUGAGCGACCAUCCAUCUCGUUCGUAGUCCUUUCAUUUCUCCUCAUCGCUGAACGUGCAUGUGGACCGCAGCAGAUGGAGCAGUGGAUCCGCGAGGGCGGUCUCUUCGCCAUGUUAGAGGCUCUCAUCCGUAACGUCGAGUACACCAAGUCGGCGCUCAUUGACACACCCACUACAAUGGAUGGGGCGCUGUCAGAUGAGGUGUACCUCGCCUGCGCCAUGACAUCCACACGGACGGAGCACGUCACCCUCGCCGCUCUUGCCUGUAAACUGCUCACAUCAGUGGUUUGGAAUCAUUACGCCGCACUUAACAAGCUUCUGGCACCAGAGACUUCUGUGAUGCUGCAGAUGGUAAUUCCGCUUCUGCUGAAGAUCAGCAUCCACAACCCAACACUAACGUCUUCCAUAGAGAAUGUUUCAGGUUCAGCCCUUCAUCACUCGCCUAGUUGCCAGCGAUCGUCCCGCUACACCUCGCUGGGGGAAUGCAGCCUGGUGGCGCUGGACGCCUGCUUCUGGCUCAUGGAGAUUGCGCAGUUGGACGUAGUACAUUUGCAAAGUGUCAUCCCCAGCCUGCCGGCACUCUCACGGGCAACAAGAAACAGUAUACACCCACCGCUUCGUGCGUCUGCCUAUCGUUGUCUCGCACGGCUCUGCGGCACGCCCGCGGAACUUGUGACGGUUAUUCGGGAGAUGCCUUCGGUAGUAAAUGCCGCCGUCACGAGUGUGCUGGAGUACAGUCCAACAGCACCGCAAUGGGAAGCAGCAGCGGCAGCAGAGUGGUUGGCGCACGUCAUACGCAUUGCUGCAAAUGACGUGAAGGUGGAGCGGAGUUUCAAUUUUACUCGGACAGCACUUCCCAUUAAGCUCCUAGAGUUGGCAUCUUCGAAUGGUAUCACGUACGCUACCGCGGCACUUCUUUCCUUGACAGCUUCCCUUUUUGAGCAACAGAAACACUUCGCCGACUAUCACCAUGAGACUUCUAAUAGUGUUAUUUUGCCAUACGGCAAGCGAUCACUGGAGUGCUGGUUCCGGCUGAUUCGUGUCACAACGCAAGCAAACGAGAAGCUGGCGCAGGUGUGUGACAAAGCCAUCCCCACCGCAACAACCACGAAGGAUGCCCUCUCACGUUCCCUGAGCAGUAUAGAGGGCAUCUCGGUGCAGUCUUCUUUUGCCUGUUCCCUGGCACGUGGGCUUCUAUUUCUCCUCAUCUCGCACCCGGAACACAGGGAUCAUUUUUCGAAUGAUAUCAUGUACGGUUUGUUCGCAAGCGCCUUUGCCCUCCCAUCACUUGAUGCCAUUUUUGACGUGUUGGCGGUGCGCUUCGGUGUUAGAGUGGAGCAGCACGCUGCCCUGGAGCGCUCCUACGAGAGCAUGCUGCAGUGGAUGAUGCAGCUAUGCUCAGUGUGGUUCGGUGCUGUCGGUAACACGGCAAAGGGCUUCCCCGCGCUGCCGCCGCUCGUGUUUGGUCAUCUCUGUAGUAUUAUGCGGAACAACCGCAUUUCGCAGCGCACACGCUCACACGUUUGUGCUCUCAUCUCCAACCUCGUACUUGUGCCGUCGGAUGAGCUGAGCGAGGCACUGGCAGAAUCUAGCGGUGACCUCUUUGCCGCGUCGCUGACCCUCACCUCUGUUAGUUGCGUCAGCGGCAUGCAGUGCCGUCUUGUCGCUCACUUUGCUGCUGCCAACGAAAAGGCGCACGAGGUUGGCUGGUUCGCUGCAAGGGUGCUGGAGCUCGGUGAGCACGUGCAGGAACUCAAGGGGGGUGGCGGAACCCUCGGCACACAGGAUAUGGAGUCGCUGUUGGUGUCACUCUCGUUCGUGUGCAGUGUGCUCACCUUCCCUGACUGCCGCGCUGUGCCGCGUGAGGUGCUGCAUCCACUGAGCGCAUCCCUCCGCAGUGUGCUCGGGUAUGAGACAACGCGGCGCAUGGCCUUCCGGGCGGCGGCAGCACUCGCUUCGAGCAGCGAAGGCCGGCGCUGCCUCCUGCAUGAGGUCAGCACGGCCGGGGAGCCUCUAACACGAACGUGUUUUGGCCGCAUUUUAGGCCUCACGCUCGGUGUCGCACAGGGCAGUGAGAACCAGCAGCUGCAGAGGGAGAACAACAACGCGAUGAAGCGCACACCCAUCGGCGAGCGGGAGGCAAGCAAGGCGGUGGUGACGACGCUUGGAUUCGACAUAUGCGCUACGGCGUGCGGGAAAGGUGGGGAGGCCUUUACACACGGCGUGAUGAAGCUUAGGGGUGUCGAGCACAUGGAGUCGCUCUUCCUCAGGUUCGAGCGCCAACGCACGCCGGUCCCUCUGGGCCUUUUCCGCCUCCUCGCGGCGCUUUCCUUCCAGGCGGAGGCGCAACUCGCCAUCAUACGCCAGGUGGAGCUCAUGACUAUGGUCAUUGAGGCUGCAGCCAAUGCCAGCAGCGCUGGUACGCUGGCCCUCCUGACACUCCGCAAUCUCUGCUUCAACUCCACAUUGAAGACACAGUUGUGCCAAGACAACCGCAUUCUGCUCACAUUCAAGGCAGCCUUGAUGGCACAGCCCACGCUGCAGCCGCUGCUACACGACAGCAAUAGCCCAGAGUCGAAGGAGAGCAUGAAGGCCAUGUUAUCGCUGCAGGGAGAAGUGGAGGUAAAGAAGGCCUCCCUGCAGAGUUUUGCUGAGCAGGCAGCAUCGCGGUACUACAAGAAGACGGAAGGUGGAAACUCGACAUGCUCAUUCGACAGCGCGGAAAUAUUUCGCCGUCAGGAAUUGGCGGUUACGGCCUUCUGGUCGCUCAUGUACGACAACCAACGGGGUAAGUCAUACGUGCGCGGUGUGCUUAGCCAGGCACCUGCCGUAAACAUGAGUAAACUUACGAUGCCGUACAUUCAAGUCGCGGUAAGCACCCCGGAACUGCAAAAGUACCCGGAGAAAAUGUCAGAGGCCAUUGACAACAUAAAAUUGUUGGGGAAAGGGGCUCUUUGA